AUGCAGUACGUGCGAAGUCUUAGUGGCUCGGUGUCGAAGACAUGGAACUCGAUCAAUCCUGCCACUUUGAGCGGAGCUAUUGAUGUGAUCGUCAUAGAACAGGAAGAUGGCACCCUUGCCUGCUCGCCCUUCCAUGUCCGCUUUGGCAAGUUCUCACUUCUGCGUCCGUUCGAGAAGAAAGUGGAAUUUAAGGUCAAUGGGAUCAAACAAGACUAUGCCAUGAAGCUAGGCGAAGCCGGCGAGGCUUUCUUUGUGUUUGAAACAACCGACGAAAUCCCCGCAUCGUUACAGACUUCCCCGCUGGUUUCGCCUGCCAGCAGUCCAAAAGUACCUAGCGACGAUGUUGCGUCAUCGCUAGGCGAACCAGACUAUCUAGACCUGGAAAAGAAUGGCGAUGCCGUCUCUGAUGGUAUCAAAACCCCACCGACCAUGCUGAUGUCACGGCCGUCACGAGCUACGACAGAUCUAGGUGCAAUAACGCCUUUGUCGCGGUCUCCUGGCGACUCGGAUUCAAGUCCCUCCCAGCAUGAUCCAUUCAAUAAACCGAGCGAACCUUCCCUCGAUCACUCGGCGUCCGAAAAUGUUCUCUCGACCAGCCUACCCAGGGCUGCAACCGAGCAGCUUUUGGCCUCGUCAAUCGACUCAACCAAUCACGAAGAUAUUGACUCACGAGCUCGUUCUCGUAGUCCACCUCCCAUAUCUGUCGAAGAGGCAAAGUCCCGAGCUAUCAAUCUGUCCAAGAAAUUAAAUGGUUCCAACAUUCAAUCGCACGUUACCGAGACAGGUGAUCUUAUGUUGGACAUGACCGGUUACAAGAGUAAUGAAGAAGAUGCACUUCGUGCCGAGGUCCUCGCACGUAAGAUUCUUGCGGAGGAGCUCGAGGGCAGCUACGAUAUUGGUGCACUCAUUGGCGCCGAUGAGCACGGGAAUCUUUGGAUCUACAGUAGCGAAGAAGCAAAGGAAGCAGCAGACCGGAGAGCAGCGAUUAACUCCAUGCGACCUAACGCCGCUAUUAACGACGACGCAAUCUCGGAUCCAGGGUACCACAGUGAAGGCGAUAGCCCUGUUAGUCUGGAGCCUUCAAUGGGAGUACGCCACCAUCGAACAAAGUCGGACGUGCAACCGGGAUUUCCGACACCUCCCCAGUCUCCAAUGCAUGAUUCUUUUGCUGUGGAGACACGCAACUAUGCCAAGACGCUGCGAUUGACCAGUGACCAGCUAAAGGCUCUGAAUUUGAAACCUGGGGGCAACAUCAUGUCUUUCAGCGUUAACAAGGCGACUUGUACAGCGUCGAUGUACUUAUGGAAUGGAAACACACCGCUUGUGAUUUCUGACAUUGAUGGAACGAUCACCAAGUCGGAUGCAUUGGGCCAUGUGCUGAACAUGAUCGGGCGUGACUGGACGCACGCAGGAGUCGCCAAAUUAUACACCGAUAUUGUCAACAAUGGCUAUAACAUAAUGUACCUCACAAGUCGCUCUGUGGGACAGGCUGAUACCACCAGAACCUAUCUUUAUGGUGUCAACCAGGAUGGGUACCGGCUCCCCAAGGGCCCUGUAAUAUGCAGCCCUGAUCGUACCAUGGCCGCACUCAGACGAGAGAUUUAUCUUCGCAAGCCGGAAGUUUUCAAAAUGGCCUGUCUCCGGGACAUUCUCAAUUUGUUCCGCGGGAAGGAAAACCCCUUCUGUGCUGGAUUUGGCAAUCGAUUGACUGAUGCGUUGAGUUAUCGAUCUGUCAACAUUCCGUCCACUCGCAUCUUUACUAUUAAUUCGAACGCGGAAGUCUCGUUGGACCUACUGAGUCUCAACAAAUACAAGAGCAGCUAUGUAACGAUGCAGGAGCUGCUUGACCAUUUCUUCCCUCCUACCAGCCUCUUGGUGCACUCAGGCGGCGAAGAAUAUACCGACUUCACGUACUGGCGAGACACACCACAAGAUCUGGAUGAUUUCUCUACCACCGACAGCGAAGAUGAAGAUGAAGAGCCGCUCGAUGACGAAGUUGCGGAUGAAGACGAAGACGCGGACGAGGAAGACUAUGAUGAUGAACUCAGCGAUGGAGAAGACUACCCUGACGAUGGGGAAGGUACUGAUCUCGGCGCUAGCUAUAUCUCACAGGGCUCAGCCCUGUCGAACCCCGCGGGCUCUAUUCUGGAGUCUGUGGAGGGCGAUCAAGACCUGGAAGACCUUCAAUCUGAUUACGAAGAUGAGCCUUUACCGGAACUGAUCAAACCUGCUGAGACCAAGUCUCUUCCCAUUCGCACGAAGUCCUCACAAGAUGACUGA